AUGUCCGCCCAAAACAGCGCGCCUCGGCCUGCACCACUGCGCAUCCGGCUCGGAUCGCAGGAAGAGCUGGGAAAAGAUUACAACUGGCGGCCUAUCAAAGAAGAAAUCCCACAACUCGAGUGUGGAUCCACGAAAUAUCCCCAGUACAAUGCCUUGUGGACUUCUAUUGAAGGCAACCCCAACAGACUCCAGUGCAAGCUCGAUAACGGAGAGCAGCGCUCCCAUUCCACCACGGUGUUGGUACUCGAAGGUCUCUGGACCUUGAUACUCAACCGAAGCAUGCAGUCCGACAUGGUCAUAUCCUUCGCAUGGAUUCUCGGCCUGGGAACGAAAGCGGAGCGCAGCUUAACGGCGUGA